AUGUCAUCAUUGAAAAAGCUGUUCAGACGCAAGAAGGCCGCUAGCUCUCAAAGUCUGCCGGAAACAAGAUCUCCCUUGGCUUCCCAGGCUGCAGGGUCGGAACUGAAGGUGCCUCAGUCUGUGUCUUUGUCAGAGACGAGAACGUACUCGGAUUCGCUUCGGAAUUCGAGGAACCCGCGCAGAAGCAUGACCCCAGACGCCAAAAGACUUUCCUCGCUGCCCACCACCUUUUUGAGACAAGGAAACAAUCCCACACCCCGUUCGCUUUCGAUGGGAAAUACAGUCACCGAUCCCUCAGAAAACAUAGCCAAGCUGCCAGAAGAAUUAGUGCCUGUGGUCACUCUUCUCCAUGCACAGCAGGCGCGCUCGUAUUGCGAGAUGAAUGUCCGGGUUCCUGUCGAGGACGAUCAAAUUUCCACCACCGCUUCAAAAGUGUCGUGGGCCUAUGUCAGUGCCAAGUUGAGCGGAACAGAGCUGGCUAUUUGGGAAGUCGAUUCUCUAACAUCACAAGAGCUCCGAAACGACGACAAUGGCGGCUUCAAGCCCGUUUACAUCAACCUAUUAGACGCUCAGUACAUGUACUUUAGCGAGGGAGACACUCAUGAAAUAAAAAUUGUUCUUACAGAAUCCAAGGCCUACCUGCUAAGAUUUGACUCCAAGAACGACCUUGACUACUUUUACGCUGCGCUCCUGCUGGCGCAAUUCGAAAACAGACAGCUCCAAGAAAGCUUCACGGGUGCUCUUUUUUCGAGCAAAGCAAUCCAUUUUUCAGAUAUCCGUACUCUACUUGCCCCUUCCAACAACAACCUAAGAGAAGAAUGGUGUGUCUUAAGGUUUCCAUUUUUAAACGACAAGUGGAUAAGGUGUUAUGUGGUGGUAACUCCCAACGUGGGUUCCAAGAAACCGGGUAAUGUGAAAAUAUACACCUCGACGUCCAAGAAUAAAAAACAUCUGUUAGCUUCGAUCAAAAGUGCUCGUUCGUGCGUGGCAGUGUACCCGGAAAAUCCCGAAUUUAUCGACAAUAACUCGCUGAUCCGCUUGAACGGCCAGAUAUACAUCAACCAGCAACUGCUGGAGAAAGUGGUGUCCGGAGAGGUGGACACUUCCGCACAUAGCCAUUCGCGGAGCAGGUCCGGUUCUGGAGUUGUCAGGAAGCUGUCGAACUCGUCACUGAUCUCGGCAAGGAAUAGAGACAUGCAGAAAUCCCCUAAUCACUCGCGUUCCGGCUCCCUCCAGAAAACUGGUCUCCACAAGAGACUGAGCUCCACGCUCUCAAUGGACUCUAAGAAAAAAAUUGAUCUCAAAGAGGCGGACUUUGUGUACAUGAUUCCAGAGUCGCACUCCGGAGUCAAGCCUACAGAAAUUAUGAUUAGGCUACUAAUUCCGCUCAUGAACUCGUUCAGACUCUAUGGAAGGCCUAACAAAUUUAUUUCCAGCCGUGAUAACCGAGACUCGUUGCUCUUUGGGCUGCCUCAGCUGCCACACACCCAGUACCUGGACAAUGAGCUCGCAUACCAGCUGGUUUCCCUCAACAUUGCCAAUUCGCUGGCCGAAGAAUGGAGUGGGUGGGACUGGAUGCAAGUGUUCAAGGAGAUGGUGUUCCACAAAAUGGCUACGGGAUGGCAAGGCUCUGGCUCGCUGAUUGAAACAUUCAAGGACGGAAUGGUAUACAGCAAGGCGAAACUGGAGGAGUACAAGAACUUUGACGAGAACUAUGAAGAUCCUAUCGAAGACUUUGUGGAUUUGGCGGACUCCAAGUCCGACUCUCUGGAAUUGAUCCCUCCCCCAAGCUUGACAAGCCCCCUUGUGAACCAGCCUGACUCUCCCCAGAACAACUAUAGUACUGCCGUCGAGAGUCCGAACCUGGACUCGUACGAUCGCGUGGCUCCCCCCACGGUGCCGGCCUAA